CUGACCACACGGGUACCAUUCGGAGUUUUGCACAAUGACCGACGAUGUGGACACGCACAUUCAUGAGAAAUUCGACUUGCAGAAACGUCUCGGAAAAGGUGCAUAUGGAAUUGUGUGGAAAGCAUACGACAAGAGGUCGAGGGAGACGGUGGCUCUGAAAAAGAUUUUCGACGCUUUCCGAAAUCCGACAGAUUCCCAGAGGACAUUUCGAGAAGUGAUGUUUCUUCAAGAAUUUGGAAAACAUCCAAAUGUUAUAAAGUUGUAUAACAUUUUCCGAGCAGAUAAUGAUAGAGAUAUCUACUUAGCAUUUGAGUUCAUGGAAGCUGAUCUACAUAAUGUUAUAAAAAAAGGGUCGAUAUUGAAAGAUGUCCACAAACAGUAUAUCAUGUGCCAGUUGUUCCGAGCAAUUCGAUUUUUGCAUUCUGGGAAUGUGUUACACCGGGAUUUGAAGCCAUCGAAUGUUCUACUGGAUGCAGAUUGUCGUGUAAAACUUGCAGAUUUCGGAUUAGCGAGGAGUCUUUCGUCGCUUGAAGAUUACCCUGAAGGCCAAAAAAUGCCGGAUCUAACAGAAUACGUGGCAACAAGAUGGUACAGAAGUCCGGAAAUUCUCCUGGCAGCCAAAAGAUACACAAAAGGAGUGGAUAUGUGGAGUUUGGGAUGCAUUUUAGCUGAGAUGCUGAUUGGACGUGCUCUGUUUCCGGGAUCUUCGACUAUUAAUCAAAUCGAACGAAUAAUGAAUACAAUCGCAAAACCUUCAAGAGCUGAUAUUGCAAGUAUUGGAAGUCACUAUGCAGCUAGUGUGCUUGAGAAAAUGCCUCAACGGCCGAGAAAACCACUUGAUUUGAUUAUAACUCAAUCACAAACAGCUGCGAUUGAUAUGGUUCAGAGAUUGUUAAUAUUUGCUCCUCAAAAACGAUUAACCGUUGAACAAUGCUUGGUACAUCCAUAUGUGGUACAAUUUCAUAAUCCAUCAGAAGAACCAGUACUCAACUAUGAAGUUUAUCCACCACUUCCGGAUCAUAUUCAAUUGAGUAUUGACGAUUAUCGUGAUCGAUUGUAUGAGAUGAUUGAUGAAAAGAAGGCCAGUUUUAAGAGGAUACAACAUGAAAAGAUCCGACCUUACGGCGAAGAUAAGAGUCGUGCUCCGAUUGCUCAGGCUGAAUGCAGUGAUACUGAUUACGAUACGGCAAGAAGCUUACAAAGAACAACAAGCAUGGAUAAGAAUAAUAGUAGUUCGCAUGAUAGUAGUUCUGGAACUUUAAGAGAGCGAGCCGCUUCAGCUGAAAGUCGAACCUCAAAAGAUAGCAACGGAGAGAUGAGAAAUGGGAAUGGGAAUACUCCAAGUAGUAUCAAGCAACGUCGUCGUUCUGUCGAAAGAGCUCGAUUAUUUGCAAAUAUCAAGCCUUCCAAGAUCCUUCACCCACACAAAUUGAUCUCAAAUUAUUGAUUUUUAAAAAUGGAAGUAGACUUUUUUGUUCUUAGAUUUUCAGUAUUGUCAGGAGCAGCCCUCUCCAGACAAUUCUGUAAAAUGUUCAACUAAUGGCAUUAUUUAGUGUUUGCUGUUUCAUUUUCUUCAUUCUUUUUUCCUUCAAAACUAGUAUCAUUGUGAUGGUUGUUUUGCGGUUAUUGACCAAUUUCUCUAGUCAGUUCUUACCAUUUUUUGCAAUACUUUUUGAAAAUGCAUUAAAAUAAUUAUAACUAAAAAUAUUUAUUGAGUUCAAUAAUAAACGGGUUGAAUAAA